CGGCAGCAGGUGAGAGCGCAGCGUCGCCUCUUCGCUGCUUUCACAGACGCAGAGCGGCGGAGGAGCGGAGCCAUGGGAAAGCUUCAAGAAUUUGAGAUCACUUUUGCCAACAACAAGGUGGUUUACAGUCCGGGAGAGUCUAUACGCGGAAGUGUGAAAAUACGAACCGGCAACUCGCUGCAGUACAAAGCCAUCAAGGUGAACUGUCAGGGAUCAUGUGGGAUCUCCAACAAAAUGAACGACCCCUCGUGGACUCUGGAGGAGCAGUACUUCAACAGCACGUUGUCUGUCGCUGACAAAGGAACUCUGGCAGCUGGCGAACACAAUUUCCCUUUCCAGUUUGUCAUUCCAGUCUCUGUCCCGACUUCAUUUGAGGGACCCUUUGGGAAGAUUGUUUACCGUGUGAGGGCAGUCAUUGACACACCCCGCUUCUCUAAGGACUACAAAUCCCAGAAGCCCUUCUACCUACUCAACCUGCUCAACCUCAAUGAGGUGCCUGACAUUGACCAUUCGAGUUACGCUGUGAUCACUAAGAAGUUCAACUACCUCCUGGUGAAGACGGGGACCCUGAUGCUGAAAGCUCGCAGUGACCUCAGGGGUUACAUCCCCGGUCAGGUGAUCAAGUUAGCCACUGAGAUCCACAACAAGUCUGGGAAGGACACGGGAUAUGUACUGGCCAGUCUCAUACAGAAAGUGACCUAUAAGACCAAGCGGCCUGUGUUUGACCUGCGGACCAUUGCGGAGGUGGAGGGAGCUGGAGUGAAAGCAGGAAAACACGCAGAGUGGAGGGAGCAGAUCAUCGUCCCUCCUCUUCCUCAGUCAGCGCUGGCUUGCUGUGGCCUCAUAGAUAUCGACUAUUUCAUUCAGGUAUCACUAAAAUCUCCAGACACAGUCGUCACUCUGCCCAUCUACAUCGGGAACAUCGCUGUCAACUUGUCUCCGUCGAGGCCCAUUGCCUCUAGUCCGGACUGCUGCGGUGCGGCCAGCAUGGCAGGGGUGACACCCAGCGCCCCACCGGUGGAGGAGGACCUAGGGGAGGGGUUGUGCGCAGGUGGUGUGGCCAGUGAGGAGAUUCCCACCAAGAGUCACUCUCAGCAGGAUCCCUCAGGUCAGCCGGUCACCAUGUCCCCGAGCGCCUUCAGUCACGCCCCCGGCGCAGCGCUGCCUCCCGGCCGCAGACGGCCCGACGCGUCAGCUCCCCUGUUCUGCGUGUCCACCGGGGCUACCAUACCUUUCUUUACAGAGGGAAACGUCACUCCUGUCCCCACUUCCUGUUCUCUCAUUCUCCCUCCAGAGUACAGCAGCUGGGACUACCCUCACGAGCCCCCGCCCACUUAUGAGGAAAGCUGCAGUAGCGCCAACUCCAGUUUCAACAGUAGACAGUAGAGAAGAAGCAGGUGAUGAAGCAUCAUGGCCAAGCCCACCCACACCUGUCUGCACUCGCCUCUGGACAAAUCAGGACGGAGAGACGCUGGGUGAAAGAGUGUGGAAGAUAACUCCCAACACUCCAACUCCAACCCAAACACCCCAGAGAUUUUUAUUUGUCCUCUAUGAGUAGAAAAGGGAUCAUAUCUUAUAUUGAAUAUAAGAAUUUUAAUUUCACCUCAUGUCCCAACAGGUAGUGUCAGACAGAACGGGAGAACAUCACUGUGCCUAAAAGAAGUAUUUUGAAUCAUCACACAGCAUUUAGAAUAUUCAGUGAUUGGUUGGACCUGAUUCUUUCUUGGGGCAGGGUAAAAUCCUUUUUUUUUCAAUGAAUUGUUGCAUCUGUGAUGCCUUGAAAAUGAUUUCGGUCUACUGAGGGUCGUGUAUGACAAGACCAAACUUUGGCCUUUUUUGUAGCGCCGUUCCAAAUGUGCACUUGUCAUCGUGGUCCUUCGCUGUCUGUUUGUGUCUCAGUGUGUCCUCGUCAUCAGCGGGGCAGGGUUGUCUUCAUGCUGGAUAUCAAGAGGAGAACUUACAGCCACAGGUCCUAGUCUGUCUGUAAAACUAGUUAAAACCCCUGUGUGUAGGAUUUUUCUGCAUCUUUAAAAUGAUUCUGAUGGUUUAAGUCUUGGAAGAAAUAUGAGGCACUGUGUACUACAGCAGCAUGUCUUGCUGUCUGCCUCCGUGUAUUUAUUCAACAUACCACUGAAAAUCACCACACUUUUUGAAUCCUACACAAAGGGGCUUUAAAGUAGGGCUGCAACUAAAGAUUAUUUUCAUCAUCGAUUCAUCUAUCGAAAUGUCAGAAAGUUGUGAAACUUUUCCGAUCAUUGCUCUUUAAAGCCCAAGAUGCAACCGAAAAUGUCUUGUUUUGUCCACAACCCAAAUAUUUUCAGCUUACUAUCAUAGAGGACU